ACGUCAGUGACGGGCAUCUUUCCAUCCCCUUCAUCCCCGAUGGCCGGUGAAUCCAUGGGAACGCAUUGCUGCGGCGCAGCAAGCAUGGCCAGCGGCGCCGGCGAGGAUGAGGCGACGUCAGGGUGGGCGUGGCGUCCAAGGGAUUGGCUCUGCCAUCACAAGGAGCCUGCAUCCCUGAACUCUGAAUAUUACCGCCAAACCGGGGAUUUUUCCUCCACAACGGCAUCAUGCUACGGUCCCGACUGUUCUAUAUUUGCUCCAUUAUCUUGGCUCUUGUUUAAUUUGUCGAUGCUUUGAGAGCUAUCAGAGGCAGCUUGAGUGAUCCACUGGGACGUCUCGAUAACUGGAACCGUGGAGAUCCAUGCGUCGGAAAUUGGUCCCGUGUUAUCUGUUACAACGUAACAGCAAGCGAUGGAUACUUUCAUGUGUGGCAACUGGAGCUUCUACGGUUAAAUUUAUCUAGGACUUUGGCCCCUGAGCUUGGCCAGCUGUCUCGCAUGAAAAUAAUGGAUUUUAUGUGGAACUCAAUUGGUGGGAGCAUUCCUAAGGAGGUUGGCAACAUUACUUCUCUGGAACUAUUGCUCUUAAAUGGGAACCAGUUGACUGGUCCUUUACCAGAGGAAAUUGGCUUCCUUCCUAAUUUGAAUAGGAUUCAGAUUGAUCAGAACCAUAUAUCAGGAUCCAUACCUAAAUCAUUCGCUAACCUGAACAAAACCGAGCACUUUCACAUGAACAAUAAUUCGUUGAGUGGUCAAAUUCCACCUGAACUGUCCAGAUUACCUUCACUUGUUCAUCUAUUGUUGGAUAACAACAACUUAUCGGGCUAUCUUCCUCCAGAAUUAUCACAGCUACCAAAACUGCUCAUUGUCCAGCUAGACAAUAACAACUUCUCAGGAAGUUCAAUUCCUUCAUCUUAUGGCAAUAUCACAACACUUCUGAAAUUGAAUUUGAGAAACUGCAGCUUGGAAGGCCCCGCUCUUGAUGCCAGUGGAAUACCGCAACUUGGCUACUUGGAUAUUAGUUGGAAUCAGUUGACGGGUCGUAUACCAUCUGGCAAACUAGCGAGCAACAUAACUACAAUAGAUCUUUCCCACAAUCGUCUUAACGGUUCUAUUCCUGGAAGUUUCUCCGGCCUUCCUAAUCUCCAAAGAUUGUCAAUGGAUAAUAAUAACUUGGAUGGUUCUGUUCCAUCUGAUGUCUGGCAAAAUAUUGAUUUCAGUGGAAAUAGAAGCCUGAUAUUGGAUUUCCAUAACAACGCUCUCACGAAUCUAUCGAAUCCUCUUACACCCCCUGCGAAUGUUACCAUCCUGUUAUCUGGAAACCCCAUAUGCACAUCGCAAAAUCAACUGAAUAUAUCUCAGUAUUGUCAAUCAAUUUCAGUUGUUGUUCCUGGAGGUUCCACAAAUAACAAUACACUUUGUCCACCAUGCUCAACCGACCUUCCUUACGAAAACAUACUAAGGUCACCAAUCUCAUGCUUAUGUGCUAUUCCACUUUACGUUGAUUACCGGCUGAAGAGUCCAGGAUUCUGGGAUUUUGUUCCGUACGAAGCUGAAUUUCAAUACUACUUGUCAUCUGGUCUUUCAUUGUCCUCGUAUCAAUUGGAAGUCUCUACUUUUAUGUGGGAAGAAGGCCCGAGGUUGAUGAACCUGAAGCUUUUCCCAAACAACACUGCGUUGUUUAACUCUGGUGAAGUGCUGAGACUGAGAGACAUGUUCACAGGGUGGCUCAUCACGGACUCGGAUAUAUUUGGGCCCUAUGAGCUUAUCGACUUCAUCCCAGGGUGGUACGAAAAUGUACUACCGCGUCGUACAAAGUCCAGUCUCAGUACAGGUGCCACUGUUGGUAUUGUCAUCGCAGCAUUUGCUGCAGCAGCAAUUCUUUCAUCCCUCAUUACUCUCAUCAUAUUGAGAAGGCGUUCAAGUCAAAUUUCAAAGAGACGCAUUGCGAAAAGAAUUCAGAUGAAAAUUGAGGGCGUAAAAGACCUCACUUUUGAAGAAUUAUCAAAGUGUACAAGCAAUUUUAGUGACUCGGCACUAAUUGGUCAAGGAGGGUACGGAAAAGUAUACAGGGGGGUUCUGGCUGAUGGAACAGGAGCUGCAGUAAAACGUACACAACAGGGAUCUCUUCAGGGUUCAGAGGAGUUCUUCACAGAGAUAGAAUUGUUGUCCAGGCUGCACCACCGAAACCUGGUUUCUUUGGUUGGUUAUUGCGACGAAGAUAAUGAGCAGAUGCUGGUGUAUGAGUAUAUGCCAAAUGGUACUCUACGUGAUCAUCUUUCAGCUAAAGCUAAAGAAGCUCUAAGUUUUCCCAUGAGGUUACGAAUUGCACUGGGAUCAUCACGAGGGAUCCUCUAUUUGCACACGGAAGCUGACCCUCCGAUAUAUCAUCGUGACAUCAAGACUAGCAACAUUUUAUUGGACUCGAAGUUUGUAGCAAAGGUUGCUGAUUUUGGUCUCUCGAGGCUUGCCCCACUGCCGGAAAUGGAGGGGGUUGCCCCUGGUCAUGUGUCCACUGUCGUAAAGGGUACCCCGGGUUAUCUUGAUCCGGAGUAUUUCCUCACGCAUAAUCUGACGGACAAGAGCGACGUGUACAGCCUCGGUGUUGUUUUUCUGGAACUGCUGACAGGGAUGCAGCCCAUUUCUCAUGGUAAAAACCUGGUCAGAGAGGUUGUGACGGCGAACCAGUCAGGGAUGAUACUGCCGGUGGUUGACACGCGGAUGGGACCGUGCCCAUGGGAGUGCGUGGAGAGGUUCGCGGCACUGGGGCUGCGGUGCUGCCGGGACGAGACGGAUGCGAGGCCGUCCAUGACGGAGGUGGUGCGGGAGCUGGAGAUGAUAUGGCAGAUGGCGCUAGAGACAGAUAGCGUGCCGUUGGAGUUGGAGUCGGAGUCGGUGUCCAUGGACCCCAGCCGCACAGGCACGCAGCUGUCGUCGUCGUCCGCCGGGGGGUCGAUGAUGGCCUACCAGUACAUGCCGUCGCCGGACGUCUCCGGCAGCAACCUGCUCAGCGGCGUGGUGCCCAGCACCAACCCUCGCUGAGAAAAUGUGAGAGCCUAAUUAGUUGGUGAUGAUGUUUGUGCUGGUAGGCAGGAGUAUUAGAAAUGUUUGAGUUUCAUUUGUGCUGGUAGUUGUUUGAAAUUCAUUUCUAUCCCCUGUUUGUAAAUAAAUAAAGAUGUGUGUAAUACUAAGGUAUUAAAUAAAGAUGCGUGGGGUAUCAUCUAGUUUA